AUGAAGGCCGGCCAAUACGACACUGCACAAAAAAAGAUUGUCAUAAAGGACAUUCCCAUUCCGGAGCCGGCAGAGAACCAGUUCCUCGUCAAGACGCAUGCGGCGUCCCUCUGCCACUCUGAUCUCCACCUCGAGCUUCGUCCCGAGGGGUCCACCACCAUCGGCCACGAGGGCGUCGGCUACAUUGCCAAGAUCCACCCGUCCGCCGAGGGCAAGGGCUUCAAGGUCGGCGACCAGAUCGGCUGGGACUACUUUAUCGGCUGCUGCUUCGAGUGCGAUGGCUGCCUGGUGCACAACCUGCGGUGCGAGAGGCAGCAGCCCAUCCUCCAGGGUUUCGUGGCCGACGGCUACUUUCAGGAGUACUGCAUCGUCGACUACCGCAACGCCGUCAUCGUGCCGCCCGAGCUGGACAUGGACCGCAGCGCGCCCCUCUUCUGCGCCGGCGUCACCGCCUACCACGCCGUCGACAGCUGUGAGCUGAAGCCGGGCGAGUGGCUCGCCGUCGUCGGCUGCGGUGGCCUAGGCCAGUACGCCACGCAGUACGCCAAGGCCAUGGGACUCAAAGUCGUCGGCGUCGACAUUAGCGACGACGUCCUCCAGGCCGUGACCGCGCUGGGCGCCGACGCCGUCGUCAACUCGCGGACAAACGCCCAGGCGGCCGACGAGGUCAAGCGGAUCACGGGCAAAGGCGCGCACGCGGCGGCCGUCUUCUCGGGCGCCAACGCCGCCUACGCGUCCGCCAUUGAGCUGCUGCGCACCAACGGCCUGCUCAUGGUCAUUGGCAUCGCGGCAAAGGACCUCCAGGUGUCCACCUUUGACCUCACCACGGGUCGGUACCGGAUCAAGGCGGACAGCACCAGCAUCCCGCAGAGGAUGCCCAAGGCCGUCUCGUUCACGGCCAAGCACAAGAUCCAGCCGCAGGUCGAGUUUAGGAAGCUCGAGGAGUUGCCACAGAUGGUCGAGGACAUGCAGGCCGGCAAGUCCAAGUACAGGCAGGUCGUCAAGUUCCACACAUAG